GUCUCGCACGUGGUUUCACAGCUGAUUUCCUGUGGCAAUGUUUAUGUCAGUUUCCCGAAGCGAUCGGUGAAUAUGAAACCCUAACGGAAAGGGCAGAAGACGGGCUCCGAGCUGAGAUGGCCGAGUCCAACGCGAUCCCGGUGCAAGACGAGAACAACUGCCCCAUUAAAGUGGACCACGAUCGCAAAAAGCGACAGUUCGAGGUCCGGUUGAACGGAUCACACGAGCGGGCAGUGCUCUUAUAUGAGUACGUGGGAAAGAAAACAAUCGAUCUGCAGCACACAGAGGUUCCUGAUGCAUACAGAGGAAGAGGAAUAGCAAAACUAAUGGCGAAGCUGAGCAUCAUACUUUGGGAAGGCCUUGGAGAUUUACUAGAGUGGGACUCCGAGAUGAGGAGUUUCAGUUACAUGGAAGGACUGCAGGAGCUGGGAUCAUCUGAUUAG